AUGGUUGGUGUGCCUCGCAGCAGUGGCUGCACUACUUGUGUGAAACGCCGGGUCAAGUGUGAUGAAAGAGUUCCUGGUUGUGCCAAAUGUGAGAAAUAUGGAAAGCCAUGUCCGGGAUACGACAGAGGCUUUAAAUUCAUCACCGGCAAACCAUACCGGAGUCGGCGGGCCCGCCCCGAUGGCAGUGGCAGCACAGAGGGAAAGCACUCGGACUCUACGAGUUCAAGUGCAGGAAGUGACAACCAAUCCUCAUGUCAGGAAGUCAUUCAGACAGAGUUGCCAUAUACACUCAUAUCUGCGGACCUGAAUGUCUUGCAGAGUUUGGGCUCUCUCAUUGUGGACUUUUCUCAGCCAAUGUCCACCAACCAACUUAGUGUUUCCCAUUGGUUUCGCUUCCUUCCAUCUAUCUACGGCCAGAAUCGGACGUUGGAUGCUACCAUCAGGUCAUUUGUGGCACACCAUUAUGGCAAAUCCUUCCAGGAUGACCAGAUGGUUGUUUAUGCAAGAUCCGCAUACGGGGAAGCCCUGCGUCGACUUCGCAAGGCACUGACAAGCCCUUCAGAAUCCUUUUCCACCUACAUUUUCUGUGCGGUUGUGCUCCUCUGCAUAUACGAGCUCUUUACAGAUAACGAGAACCCGGAGACUUGGAUGAAACACGCAAAGGGACUCGGCCAAUUGAUCAAGAUCAGGGGUCCCGACCGAUAUCGCAAUCAGCUCGAUAUUGUAUUACUCAAGGCCUCUCGCGGAUUGGUGGUCAUGCAUUCAAUGUUCUCUGGCGAACCAUGCUUUUUGGCUUCCGAAGAAUGGCACCACAUGAUGCAACAACAAUACACAGCAGACCUGCCCACCGAUCUCCACAACAGCAUAGAGCAAUUUUUUGCCUUUUUCACUUACGCACCUAGCCUCGUGCACAAGUUCUACAGCUUGAAAGAGGCAGACUUGUCAACCCCAGAGGCACAACAGACCAUAUCAGCUACUCUCACACAAGCCCUUGAUAUGCAGAGCAAGUUGGCUGUCUGGUAUGAGCAAUACUCUCUAAUUACCCCACCCCCAGUCGAAAUUCCCUCGCCGACGGAUGACGAAUUGUACCCUUCCGUCCUGGUAUACGAGGAUAUGAUCCAUGCAACGGUAUAUUGCGGUUACUGCUCAUAUAUGGCGAUAAUCCACGAGGUCCUAAAAACGUUUGGCUGCCCCGGUCCGCAAGCGUCCAUGGUGGUUUACUUUUGCGAUCAAAUUUGCAAGUCGGUCGAGUAUAGCGGCGCUGGCGUUCUCGGCCCAUUCCGAUUGGGCUUCCCCUUACGGGUGGCAUACGAAGUCAGCGACCGCCCGAUAAGAUCAUGGAUCCUAACACGACUGGAGGGAUUUUCAAAGACGUACGCUGCCGCCCAACCAAAGAAUUUUGAGGCCAUUCCGUGA